AUGUCCGAGGCCGUUGGCGGAAUUCACAUAUCCUCGGGCGAUCUCCUGAGGGACCAUCAGGCCAGAGGGACCGAGUUGGGUAGCAUGGCACGCUCCUACAUGCAGCAGGGACUGCUGGUGCCCGACAAUGUGAUUAUUGGGAUGAUUGAAGACAGGAUCGGCGCUCCCGACGCCACGUCCGGCUACGUGCUGGACGGCUUCCCGCGCACGCUGGAACAGGCCAGGGCGCUGGAGGAGGCCCUGAGUAAACAGUCUCAGGGCAUCGAUAAGGUGGUGAACAUCCAGGUGUCCGAUCCGGAGCUGAUAAAUCGAUUGGGUGGCAGGCUGAUAUGCAGACAGUGCCAGCAGCCCUACCACGAGGUGAACUCGCCUCCCGCUAAGGAUGGCGUCUGCGACGCGUGCGGCGGAGAGCUUUACCAGAGAGAGGACGACACUUCGGAGGCGGUACUCCGCAGGAUCCAGGUGUACGCGGAGCAGACCGCGCCGUUAAUAGACUUCUAUAAAGAAAAAGGGAACCUGGUGGAGGUGGAUGGUGAGGGCACCAUUGAGGGAGUGAGGGAAUACCUGCUGACCCUGGUGGGGUAG